UCCAGAAACACCUAUUUUUCACUCUGGGGGUCAUAUACGGAUUUGCUUUAGCACACGCAUUAAAAUGCACAGAUAAACAGGCUUUAAUUUAAAGCCACGGAAGCACAUGUACGGGCUGUCUGUCCUCUCCACGGCCAUGAAGAAGACGGGGGGGGCGGAACCCCUCCUUGUUGCCGCUCCACCGAGUGGCCGCGUCCAUUCUGUGCCGAUGGUCGGAUUUAAGGGGUAGGGAAAAGUUAGCUUUAGGGAUCGCAGAACGUGGUGACCCCCAUGGCCCCGCUCGGAGGCGUACCGGGGCUGGUGCUGCUGUUCAGCGGGAAGAGGAAAUCCGGGAAGGACUUCGUGACCGAGGCGCUUCAGAGCAGGUUGCAGAACAGAAGGAGCACUGGGUGGCCAGAAGUGGAGGAUUGUCACAGUCAGGAAAAACAGCAGUAUACACACGCCCACCUCAAAGAACCAGGCGGCCUCCUCUCCAAAGAGAGGUGGCUAGGGGCUGACGUGUGUGCUGUCCUUCGGCUCUCCGGUCCACUCAAGGAGCAGUACGCUCAGGAGCACGGCUUGGACUUCCAGAGACUCCUGGAUGCCAGCACCUACAAGGAGGCCUAUCGGAGGGACAUGAUCCGCUGGGGUGAGGAGAAGCGUCGGGCUGACCCAGGCUUCUUCUGCAGGAAGAUUGUGGAGGGGGUCUGCCAGCCUGUCUGGCUGGUGAGUGAUACACGGAGAGUGUCUGACAUCCAGUGGUUUCAGGAGGCCUAUGGGGAUGUGACACAGACGGUCCGUGUGGUGGCCACAGAGGAGAGCCGGCAGCAGCGGGGCUGGGUGUUCACACCAGGGGUGGACGACGCUGAGUCAGAGUGUGGCCUGGACAACUUUGGGACCUUCGAUUGGGUCAUUGAGAACCACGGGGAUGAGCAGAGCCUGGAGGAGCAGUUGGAGCACCUGGUAGAAUUUGUCCGCUCCAGACUUUAGCCGGCAGGUUCUCGGAGCAAGCCGGGGCCGCUGGGGUGAGGGUGGGCUGACUGUGACGGACAUGCGGUUGCUGACGCUGGCCAAGGUUGGGGAGCAGACAGAGGGCCUGGGUCAAGCUUUCUGGGGGCUGAUAGAUGUCAGACAAGAAACCGCCAGGGACCUCAUUUUGUCGUGAAAAGGACAGCCCUGCCUCUUUACGAGGAGACUUAAAGGGCAGAGGGAGGGAAUUGGCUGUGUUUGAAGCAGAAGCGUCACCAUUUCCACAGGCACCAGGCCUGUCAGUCGGGGGUGGCUGUGAUUCCCUGACUGGAUGUUCUCAGCCCCUUGUUCUGAGCAGGAGCCUGGGGCUCCCCAGUGUGGAUAUAAUAAACCUCUCUGGAGCACCUGCUCAGAA